UUGGCAAUUAGUUAGAAUAGCCGUUAGAAUAGCUGGCAUAAAGUUAGUUAUGGUUAUCAGUUAAGCUGGUUAAAAUACCUUUUAUAUAACCUUCUAUCUCCUCAUUACCCAUUAAUAGAUAAGAAUUUGAGAAUUCAGCUAUUACUGAUAUUUCUCUGUUAAUAUUCUGCUCCAAUUACCUUUCUAAAUCUUUGCGCUCACUUGACGAUGGCCGCUACUUUUAAACACCAUCCUAAGGGACUUCACGGUUGGGGCGCUCGGAGAUCUUCUAGAAAUCUCCCAAGCUUCUUCUCAAUGCGUUUCGCCUGCAGCACUCGCCACCUUCACAUUCGUGCUUCCGUUUCCUUCUGCAUUGCUUUUCUUGUGCAUAGUAGUAAGUGAUAAUGCUUUGAAUUCGAUGAUCUUUCUUUCUUCAGGACGAUGGCCGCUACUUUUAAACACCAUCCUACGGGACUUCACGGUUGGGGCGCUCGGAGAUCUUCUAGAAAUCUCCCAAGCUUCUUCUCAAUGCGUUUCGCCUGCAGCACUCGCCACUUUCACAUUCGUGCUUCCGUUUCUCACCACUCAUCAACCGAGGCUGAGAGUGCUUUGAUAUUGAUUCGUCAUGGGGAGUCUUUGUGGAAUGAGAAGAACUUGUUCACGGGAUGUUGCGAUGUACCUUUGACCAAUAGAGGUGUAGAGGAAGCUAUUGAAGCUGGUCAGAGGAUUAGCUAUAUACCCAUUGAUAUGAUCUUUACGUCCGCACUCAUUCGUGCACAGAUGACCGCUAUGCUUGCAAUGACUCAGCACUCCCAGAAGAAGGUUCCUAUUAUCAUCCAUGAUGAGAGUGAACAGGCAACAACUUGGACUCAAGUUUACAGUGAAAAAACCACCAAGCAAUCUAUUCCAGUUAUUACAGCAUGGCAGUUGAAUGAAAGAAUGUAUGGGGAGUUACAGGGUCUUAAUAAGCAGGAGACUGCAGAAAGAUACGGAAAGGAGAAGGUGCAUGAAUGGCGUCGGAGUUUUGACAUUCCUCCUCCCAAGGGUGAGAGCCUGGAAAUGUGUUUUCAGAGAGCUGUUCCGUAUUUUAAAGAUUUUAUUGAACCCCAACUAAAAUCAGGAAAGCACGUGAUGGUUGCUGCUCAUGGAAACUCAUUGAGGUCUAUUAUAAUGUAUCUGGACGGAUUAACUUCUCAAGAGGUCACUAGUUUAGAGAUAUCAACUGGGAUACCAUUGCUUUACAUAUACAAAGAGGGGAAGUUUAACAGUAGAGGAAGUCCUGUGGGGCCUACAGAAGCUGGUGUUUAUGCAUACACUCAGAGUUUAGCUGUUUACAGACAACAGUUGGAUGACAUGUCUAGUUGUUAUUGAUCCUGCAUUUCAAAGAUCAAAAUGGUAUAAAUAUCGAUAUUCAUUUUUGGUGGGUGACUCUCUGAAUGUUCAUAUGCUAAACAUCAAUUUGAAAAUUACUGGAAGGAAUUGACCAAUCCAUGACACUUUUAAAUCUGCAACCUGCAUAGCGAGACGUAGAAGCCCUGAAAAAUUUCUGUACUGUAGCAACCAGAGUAGCACCAAAACAAUUUUGGUUAAAGAGAGUGAAAAACGGGAUUAGUAAAUGACAAUGUAAGUUUAGAACUUGUUUGUGCCUGAAUGGAAGUGAACUUAUAGGUAUAGCUUCCAUGUUUAGAACUCUUAUAGGGAAUUGAAUUUACGGUAAAUGAAUGAAAACACUAUAAAUGAAUUGAAGUA